AUGCAACAUCUGCUAGGGGAGGGAGGCUUCUCCUACGUCUAUCUGGUCCAAGAUACGUCAACAUCCCAACUCUACGCUCUGAAGAAGAUACGCUGUCCCUUCGGCCAAGAAUCCGUCUCGCUCGCCUUGAAAGAAGUGGAAGCCUAUACCCUCUUCUCGCCCCAUCCGAAUAUCAUACAUUCCGUCGACCACUCCGUUGUCUCUGCAAAAGACAAAUCGGAUCCGGGGGCUAAGACCGUGUACAUACUCUUACCAUACUACCGGAGAGGGAACCUCCAAGACGCCAUAAAUGCAAACCUGGUCAAUCAUACAAAGUUCCCGGAGCGGAGGUUAAUGAUACUAUUUCUAGGAGUGGCAAGGGCGCUGAAGGCGAUGCAUCAGUACAGAGUGAAAGGCGCGCCGGGAGGAGUAGCGUCGCAGAGGAAGGCAAAGGGUGUGCGGCAAGAGGCGGCCGAAGCAGAUCAAGAUGCCGCGAAAAAGAACAAGCAACGGCGGCGGAGAGAAGAGCCCGAGCGAGAUCAGGAGGACGUAGAACAGGAACCGCUGAUGGAAGGAGAGGUCACAAGGUCGCAAGAAGGGAUGGGAGAAGGAGAGCUACGAGCUUACGCGCAUAGAGAUAUAAAACCUGGCAACAUCAUGAUUGCCGAUGACGGCAAAACACCAAUACUAAUGGAUCUUGGAUCGCUCGCUCCUGCUCCGACCCCUAUAACAUCGCGCUCCCUCGCCCUCGCCGUCCAGGACACCGCCGCAGAACACAGCACCAUGCCCUAUCGCGCCCCUGAACUCUUUGACGUCAAAACAGGCUCCGUCAUAGACACCAAGGUCGACAUCUGGAGCUUGGGAUGCACUUUGUACGCCUGUCUAACAGGCAAAAGCCCCUUUGAAGCAAGAAGUGAAGAGACAGGAGGGAGUCUGAGUAUUUGUGUCUUGGGCGGAGAUUGGAGGUUCCCAGAUGAGGGCGCCAAGAAAGAUGCGAAGGGCAAAGGGAAGGUCAACGGAGCGGCGGAGGGGCCCGCGGAGGGGGCCGUUGGUGAUGGUGUUAAGGAUGUUGUGCGGAUGUGUUUGAAGGUUGAGCCAGCGGAGAGGCCAGAUAUUGAUGAGUUGAUUAUAUUGGUCGAGGAGCUAUUGGGCAGGAUGCCGGCGGAUGAUGAGAGGGAUGGUGUGUAG